AUGAUCAUCUCACUUUAUUAACAAACCUUGUCCCAAACAGCCCCCCGGCUAAUCCACGAUGUUAGCAUUCUCACCGCCUUUGGUGCCAUCCAUUAAUGGAUGGUGCUUAGAGAAUAGCGAAGGCCAUGACCACAGCUAUGUGCACGGAGAUCACCCGGCCGAGAUAUCGGAGUCAGUGAUCCAUUUCUCAGCAUAUCAGACACAAGUCGUGGAGCUUGACACGGCGAGAGCACCAACAGCUAUUUCUAGUGAUCCCAAAACGUCUAAGAAGCAUUUUCAUAAUGCUAGCGAGCGUGAUCGUCGUAAGAAGAUGAAUGGUUACUACUCCACUCUCCGUUCACUGCUUCCAGGGGCGGAUGGAAUGAAGAAGUUAGGCAUUCCGGCCACAGUUUCACGGGUAGUUAAAUACAUACCAGAGCUACAAGAGCAAGUGAUGGGGCUGAUUCUAAAGAAGGAGGAGCUUUUGUCCAGGAUUUCUGGGCAAGAAUAUCAUCAUGUAACUCGUCAAGAGAAGCAACCAAAAAGCAUAGCUUGGAGCUCCUUGUCAUCUGUUUCGGCAAGUCAACUCGAUGAUCGAGAAGCUGUGAUUCAAAUAUCCACAUGUACGGUCCACAAGAAUGCAUUAUCUGAGAUCCUUGUCAAUUUAGAGGAGGAUGGGCUUGCUCUACUAAACGCAUCAUCCUCUGAGUCCUUUGAAGGGAGGGUCUUUUAUAAUUUACAUCUUCAGGUCGAAAGAACGGAAAGAUUGGAGUGCGAGAGUCUACGUGAGAAACUCAUGUCACUGUACGCGCCACAAGAGGGAAUUCUCCUUCCAUGAUUCGACAUAAUUUUAACCCUUGAAGUCAUGACUUCUUAUGUGCUUUAGAUAUUUUAACUAGACAACUGGCCAGGGUACAUGCGGAAGUAAUUAAGUAGAUGUGUACGCAGCCUAAGCAUGUAAAGGGAAAUUUGCUUGACUUGGCCUUUAUCUUUUCCCUUCAAAACGAAA